AUGCCGACGCCGGUUAGAUACGCCGUCUGCGGCGCGAUUAUCGUUGGUUCUGCCGGCGUGGGGUUCGCGGCCGGCAGCAAGUUUCAGCCGCCUGUGGGGCAGGUGGCUGGUGCCGUGGUGCUCGGCGUGCUUGGCGCGGGAGCCGCGCACGUGGUGAACUCUGCUAGUAAGGAGGUCGCUGCGGCGGAUUUGCACAACACGCUUGUGCGCUUAUCGGAUCCGCUUCAACUGAGACGAGGCGAGGCUGCGGAUAUCGCAAACAAGUAUGGCGUGAGCUUGGAGGAUGAGAGGUACCGGGCGGAAAUGAAGGAUCUCUACGAGAAAUUUGUGUCGUCCGUGAUUCCUCCCGGCAACGAGCCGCUGAGGGGCGACGAGUCGGAUCUGAUCUCGCGCUUCAAGGCGUCGAUGGGCCUUGAGGACGAGGAUGCGGCUGCUGCUCAUAUCGAGUCCGUGCAGGUGGGGCGGCGCAUUUUCCGCCAGAGGCUGGAGACGGGCGACAAGGAGGCCGCCUUUGAGGAGCGACAGUCGUUCCAGAAGCUGGUGUACGUGUCGAACCUGGUGUUUGGCGAGAAGUCCAAGUUCCUGCUGCCGUGGAAGCGCAUCUUCAAAGUCAGCGACGCGCAGGUCGACAUCGCCGUGCGCAACAACUCACAGGCGCUUCUGCAGGCGCAGCUCGACGCCAGCAAGGGAGAUUUCACAGUGGACAACCUCAAGGAACUCCGGGCGCUGCAGAAGAAGUACAAGCUCUCGGACGAUACCCCUUCCCUCGUCCUUCCCUCCUCUCCCCCCCUUCCCUCGUCCUUCCCUCCUCUCCCCCCCUUCCCUCGUCCUUCCCUCCUCUCCCCCCCUUCCCUCGUCCUUCCCUCCUCUCCCCCCCUUCCCUCGUCCUUCCCUCCUCUCCCCCCCUUCCCUCGUCCUUCCCUCCUCUCCUCCCCUUCCCUCCCCAUCAUCACCGCAGGGACAUGGCGAAGGGACACGGCUAAGGUGGUGGACGACUUGGAUGCCAUGAGGGCAUACAAUGCACAUCUGGCUGCGCUCGCCAAGGCUGCUGCUCCUGACGACCUCCUGCCCGGCAUUGGCCCCGUCUCCGUCUUCGGUGGCGGGUACGACACGGACAGGCAGAUGGACGAUCUGAAGCUGCUCUACAAGACAUACCUCUCGGAGGCCCUCACUGCUCCCCGCCUCACCUCCGCCCAGAUGGACGAUCUGAAGCUGCUCUACAAGACGUACCUCUCGGAGGCCCUCACCGCCCCCCGCCUCACCUCCGCCCAGACGGAAGCGCUGGCGGAGCUGAGGAAUACCUUUGGGAUGGGCAAGAGGGAGGCGGAGGAGGCAUCAGACGAGAUUUUACUGAUGUGUGAUACGGAAGCGCUGGCGGAGCUGAGGAAUACCUUUGGGAUGGGCAAGAGGGAGGCGGAGGAGGCAUCAGACGAGGUGACGCGCAAGGUGUACCGCCGCAAGCUGGCGAACCUCGUCACGGGCGGCGAACUGGACCGGGCGGCAAGCAAGGCCGAGGUGCUGCAGGAGCUCUGCGACUCUCUCAAGUUCGACCCUGAGAAGGCUGCCCAGAUUCAUGAAGGGUGGCAAGCAAAGGCCGAGGUGCUGCAGGAGCUCUGUGUUUCGCUCAAGUUCGACCCCGAGAAGGCGGCUCAGAUUCACGAAGAGAUCUACCGGCAGAAGCUGCAGCAGUGUCUGGCGGACAAGUCUCUCAGCGACGAGGACGUAUCAGCUCUGAACCGCCUGCGCGUGCUGCUGUGCGUGCCCAAGUCAGCGGUCGACAAGGCCCACGGGGACAUCUGCGGGGGAAUCUUCACCAAGGUGGUGGACGAUGCCAUCGGCGCCGGUAUCGACGGCUACGAUGGCGACAUGAGGGAUGCUGUCAGGGCCGCCGUGAAGGGGCUCCGGCUGCCGCUGCAGUCUGCUUUGGAAAUUGCUACCAAGGCGGUGAGUACACUGUUGGGGCUGGGGAGUGCUGGGUUGGUUGGGAAGCAGCAACCGAGGGAGGGCCGCUGUCAAGGGGCUGCGGCUGCCACUGCAGUCUGCUCUGGAAAUUGCCACCAAGGCGGACUAAGGCUUCUGAGAGGUGAGGAGGCAAUGAGGCAUGAGCGUCUCUUCCUUCCCCCUCGAGAGAUGCGAGCUGUGUUCCUGACAUACAUCAAGCGCGCACGAGGCACCAUGAGCCGUGCGGAAGGUGCAAGGGAGCCUCAUUUAGAUGGUCAUCUUCUCCAACCUCACCUCGCUUUCCUCCCCUCCUUGUACAUGACCCUCCUCCCCGCUCUCCCGCCCUCUGAGUCUUUCUUUUCCCAGGUGCGAGCCGUCUUCCUCACGUACAUCAAGCGCGCACGAGGCACCAUGAGCCGUGCGGAGGGAGCGAGGGAGCUGAAGAAGAUGGUCAUCUUCUCCAACCUCACCGUCUCCCAACUCCUCGACGACAUCCGAGGCAAGACCGACGAGCUUGCCACCAAGCCUGCAGGCUCGGCAGCGACUGGCGAAGGCUCGGGCCCGGCCGUGACAGCCGAGGAGGGUAAGAAGGAGGAGGAGAAGGAGGCGGAGGAGGAGGAGGGGUAUGAUGACGAGAUGCCGCUGCUGCAGUCUAUGAAGAAGACCAAGGGGCAGCAGAAGGAGGGCAAGGCACAGAAGGAAGUGUCUGUGAAGGAUGACUUGGAACUCAGGGAACGCCUGGACCUAUACAAGUCUUUCCUGCUGUUCUGCCUGCAAGGGGAUACCACCGGGAUGCCCAUGGGAACUAGCCUCACUGUCCAGAGGGACACUUCGGAUUUUGUCCGCCUUUCACAGCUGGGGGAUAUUCUCGGGUUGGCCCCUCCGGAGGUCUCGUCUGUGCAUCAGGGGUUGGCGGAGCAGGCGUUUAAGGUGCAAGCACAGACGCUCCUGGCUGACGGGCAGCUUACCAAGGCCCGUGCAGAGCAGCUGAAGAUCAUGCAGCGCGAACUGGGCCUGCCGGACGCUGCUGCGCAGAAGGUGGUGCAGUCUAUAACGAGUACGAAGAUGGCGGGCGCGAUCGACGCGGCGAUCAAGGCGGGGAGGCUGAGUGUGGACGAGGUGAAGCAGCUGAAGGAGAGCGGCGUGGAUAUCAGCAGUAUGGUGGCCGAGAAGGUUCGCCUGCAGAUGUAUACCAAGCUGGUUCAGAAGGAGUUUGACAAGGGCACGGGGGAUUUCGAUGAGAAGGAGCUGCUGGAGAAGCUGCCUGGGGAUCUGGGGUUAGAGGAGGAGGUGGCGCGGAAAACGGUGAAGGGGAUUGCGAGGGAGCGGCUCAAGGGAUCGCUUGUGCUGGCCGUGUCAAACCUCCGACAGAAGAAGCCCGACCUAGUGGUGUGUGCAGGGAUGGGGGAUGGUGGGACAGGUGGUGAUGGGAAUGGGGGUGAUGUGGUGGGGGAUGGUGGGAUGGGGGAGGUUGCUAUGCUGCGCAACAUGCUGGCAGACAGCACCUUUGAACACCUUGUGGCAGUGUUGAACAACAUGCUGGCGUGCGACAAGGCGGACUCGGCAACGGAGGCACUCAAGUGGACAGUGAAGGAGGAGCUGCUGGACCUCUACUCGCUCUUCCUCAGCAAGCACGAUGCCGAGAGCAGCGCUGCGGGCCGCAUGCGCGAGCUCCUUGGGAUUGACGAUGAGACGGCCGCCUCGCUCUCGGAGAUUGUGUCCAAGGGAGGGUUCAACAUGGAUUUGGACUCUUCUGUGGAGGAGAACUUUGUGUUUUAG